CCGCUGUAUAGUUUCUCCAAAAACAAUUCGUAAAAUAUACCUUAUUUUCAGCGUUCUAAAGCAGGCUCCCCCCUUAACAGUCUUAACACUAGAUUUACGGAACCCGUCAAUUUGACGGAUUGAGAAUUCAUGCGGCUUAAAUGUAAAAUAAAAAUAAAAAUUAUUUAUUUUUUAUCAUAUAUUAUUUUUUAUAUUUUAUCAACGAGAAACCGAAAACUGAAUUUUAAUGUACCCGACAAUAUGACAGGUUUCAGUAAAACUAGAUAUACAAGCAAUGUCCGUAAAUCUGCUGUUAAAGAAACUUCUGACGCGAUCUCUCAUUCAUGGGAUGAUCUCUCGAUUGGUGCGGGCGAAAAAUACUAUUAGGCGAAAGUGAAUCGAUGAGAUAAAUUUGUGGGCUGCAGCUCUCAAGCGUCAACAGUCACUUAAUAUAGACAAUAGCUAUAUGCCUUACUUUGUCGUGCCAUAUAUUGGCGAAUUUUGCGUUAUUACAUGAUACCCUGUUCUGUCGAAUGUCUUAUUAAUUAACACUUUAGACACUCUGGCUCUCGUACUCUCGUACGUAUUCUCAGGAAUCGCGUUGCUACUCCGCUAAACUGUAAAAUCAUGUCCCUCCCAAUCGAAAUGCAGCGAUAUUUUGCCAUCAGUAUUUAUAAUGUUUGCUGUAGGCAGAACUGCUCGCGAGAGAGAGAAACACUCAGUCACACAUUAUAUAUAUAUAUAUAUAUAUAUCACAUAUAAAUAUUAUAAAUAAAUCUUUUAACAUUACGCUGUAUACUAAUAUCCUGAUUAUUGUUAGAAACAUGAGAUAUGUAUUUGUAUUUUGUAGUCUCGACUGUGAUAGAGAGGAAAAUAAAGAAAACAAAAGAUAUACUAUUAAUGCAAAGCAAAUUUAUUCGGGACGAUUGAGCGCUUCUAUUUUAAGGUACUCCUUGAGGUAGAUGUCGAAUGAAAGGAUGCAAGGCCAACAACCUGACUUUGAUGUUCAAAGUCGCUCGAGACCAAUUCAAGGAUGCGCAACGAGUAAAAUUGCAUGCGCGAUACGUAGUAGAACGACCGGAGUUCUUCCUGUAAUUCUUUGAAACCACGCCAGCGUCCCCCCAAGCUACGAAAUUACAUCUCAUGCAAUGACGCUAAAGUGGCAGUUGAGAAAGUGCACGUAGUAUAAGUUUCGCCCGAACCUUUUGAAACGUCCUGUAUAUAUAUAAUAUAUAUGCUCUAUUUUUCUUUAUUUAUAAUUAAAUUUUAUAAUUAAAAUAAUUAAAAAAGUACAGAUUACCAUUAUCAUUACAGCAAAUCAAUAUUAUAUUAUUGACACUUAAUUCAACUUGAAUAAAUGUUAACUACAUGGAUUACAAAUACAUAGGAAAUUUGACAGCUCUACGUGUACGAUUAUUCAAAUUGCGCGCGUACUUCGAUAGUAUGUACAAGCGCGAACAGUGUCCGUGGUACUUUAGUUCGCUGCGUUCUCUCGAAUCGUGUUGUGUGUAUUUGACUAGUGCGUGUGUACAGAUAAAGCACGCAUCGCAGAAUGGGUGUUACUGUGCUGCAGCAGUUUCCGAUGAUCGAGAACCGGACCGGGCCGCAGACGAUUGAAUUUCUGACCAAGAGAGUCGUCGCACUCGGAGCGGUACAGACGGGGCAGUUCCUGGUGGAUUGCGAGACGUACAUGUCGGUGCCGCAGCUUGGUGUUCAAAAAACUGUGCAUGUGCUGCACAAUUCGGAGCAACCAGCCUCGGUGUUCGCGAUUCUCGAGUCGGGCAGCAAAGUGGUGCCAUUGAUAGCAGACGGCCUGUUCGAUCUGCUGAUGUUAAAAAUGACGAGCAUCUACACCAGUAAAAAGCAGACGAAGAUCGAGGCAAAGGGGCCGCGCUUCGAGAUCGGUGACUUCUGCGUGAAAUUGGGCAGCGUGACGAUGAGCCAGAAUUUCAAAGGCGUGCUGGUAGAAGUCGAAUACAGGCCGUGCGUGGUGCCAGGAAGCGCGUGGGAACUGAUGCGUGAAUUUCUGCAAGGAUUUCUGGGCUCGGCCGUGUCGAAUCAAGCGCCUCAGUAUCUCCAGAAUCGGAUGAACGAGAUUUACCAACCGAUGGACACGAUACAACAAUAUCUGGAACAUUUCGGUCAGUAUAGAAAAGCGACAGGAGUGAUUUAAGGAGAAUCAACCGUAUCGACGUCGUAUUAUUUAUUUUAUUGCUAUGUUAACGGUGCAAGAUCAAUUCGCGGCUAUCGAUCUCGAAGGCUAUCGAUAUGAGACUAUCAAUAUUUAUUGUACGUACUACAGUUUUGUAUCUUUUCUUAUAAUGAAAACUACCUGCGUAUUUUUCUGCACUAUUUCUAUUAUUUUGUUAAUAGUUAAUAAUUUUAAAUAUAAUUAAAAGUGCAGUUGCAUACGCAAACUGACGGUAAAAUAAAAAGAAUAGAAACGAAGAAAUAUCAAUUCUCUUGUUUAUUGUUUAUAUUUGAAAGUUAUCUAAAAUCUUUGCAAAGCUUUUAAGAGAUUUACGACAAAUUUGUAAAGCGCAUUCUACAGAGAAAAUGCAUUUCGACAAGAUAAUCAUUCAUUAUAUCAAUCAUGUAGUAUAUAUUAUGUAUUAUAUUUAUUAAAUGUAAUCUUACAUUAAUUCGCAAGCUAAACACUAAUUGUCUGCACAAUUCAAACGUGCUACUUGGUUAAAAGACAUGUAAAACCUUAGUCACGUGCGCAAAAUGAUAACGGACAAACAAAUUAAUAAAAACGAAACGUUUUUAUUUUACUCUGUCCAUUCUCUGCGUACGUACAGAAACUCUUAGAAUAUUUGCAAAGCUUUUAAAAAAAUUUAUUAAUAUUUACAAAGCUUUUAAGAAAUCUUUUGAAACACUCAUCAAACGCGCGUUCUGUAAUUCUGAACGGCUCUUUAGCGUUGCAAGCAUGUAUAAUGUAGCAUACGCUACUUGUUAAAAAAUAAAAUACAAAGUCGUAUAGUACCGAUCUAAUCGAGUGUGCGCAAUUGAUAACGAACGUUAUCAUCGAAUAGCCGUAAUAAUAUAUUAUUUCUAACGAUGCCUUUAUCGCGUUCUUUAUCCACCGUGAAAUCUGCCCGUGAAUAUGAAGGUCUUGCCGAUAGGCAGUAAACUCAACACGAGUUUCUCACUCGCUGGAUAAAACGAGCGAUCAAAUAUUCUUUGAUGUGUAGCGCCUGUCGUCGAGAUCUUUUGUCUUGCAAUUAGUAUGCAAUAUCUUGAGAUAACGUACCAUUCGACGAAGAAAUAAUCGUUAGUAGUAUGAUGCUACAGCAGGAUCAUUCUAAAUAUUUUAACGCUAAACUUACCAUGCCGGUCAAAUGACCAUUUAAAAAUUUUUGAUUAGAAUGCUGCAUUCGGCAGAAGUUUAUAAAUAAGUUAAUAAUAAGUUUAGUGUUAGUAGUAUAUAAAAUGUUACUCCGAGGACAGAUCUUAAAUUUUGAGGCAAUUUUGCUCGAUUUAAGGUUUUUUGAGGAAUGGGGAUAAAUUGGGAGAUUAAAAUUUUUGAUUUUUUUGCUUUUUUGAGGAUGUUUUAGGGGGUGAAAAAUGAUCUCCCAUAAGAUUUGUCCUCGGAGUAACAUUUUAUACACUACUAGUGUUAAUAGGUGUUUUAGCACGUAUAAAACUAAGCAGGAUUAUCAAUCGCUGUUCCAUACUGUCAUUUAAAUUUGUUGCUAUACAUAGAACCAGUAUCUGAGACAGUUCAAGGGUCUUGCCUUGCAUAUUAAGUAAAUUGAUUAGAUGACUUUAAGCGCGAUGAAUCGCAUAUUUUCCGGGACAUAUAGUAAUAUGUAUUCCUUAUGCAACCUGAUCUAUCUUGCGUAACUCGAUAAAACAUAAUUAAAUCAGUAGUAAACAUGUAAGAAAUCUCAUUUUUUAAUAAAAUAUUUUUUUUGGUAUAAA